AUGAAGGCGUUCUGCUUCACUUUAACGAUUCUCUGUGUCGUCCAGAGUACUCUGGCCUACCCGAGACCAGACUUCGGAAUCAAUGGAGUAGUGUCGGGUUCGGCUUUGGUUAAGUCAACUUCGAAUGAACUGAGCGCGGCAGCAACCGCCACAGGCAGCGCCUCAUUCACACCCAAUUCCGGUUAUACUAAGCUUUCGACGGUCAGCAACGCCCUGCAGGCCAUUGGUGAUGCCGUAGUCGACGCCGGUACUGCGGUUGCGUCGGCACUGAACACUCUAUCUACCGACACUGGCGGUCCAACUUCGACUGUGUUCGGUGCGGUCAAUACCAAAAUCGAUGCCUUCACCGGUUUACUGAAUGGGCCAUUCAGUGGUAAUUUGGCUACGUUGACAUCCAAUACUGGAGCGGACAUUCCGAAGCAGUUCCAAGAUUCGUUCACUGCCACUAAAACCUCAUUGUCUGCCCUCAAAUCGACACUUGCUACGCUCAAAACGAACAUUGACGCUGCGAAAACUGCCGCCGGUGGAUCGUCGUCCGUGUCAGCCGCCAUCAUUCGGGCGAAGGUGCCGGCCAAAUCUGUCAACGACGUGGUAACGGCAAUCCGCAAUCUCAAAACAAAUAUGCCACUCAUCCAGUACGUCAUCGAGAGCUCGUUGGACAACCUUCGGCUUAUUGACUCGUUCGUUAAGGACAUAAAUACCGAGGUCACCGGUACUGUGACAGGCAGAUACAAGAUCUCGUACGAAGGCUUCCAGCUGAACCUCGGCACGGAAGCGUCAACAAUUAACUCAAAAUUAACUGCCGGUGUCGGAAGUCCCGUCUCAUCGAUUAUUUCAAGCAUCAAGGCGGACUUGGAUGCAAACGCCAAAUACACUUCCGAUCUGGCUACACCAAUUGGCAACCUGGCUAAUUCCAUUCUGAAUACAGUAUCGGCUAAAACCACCGUCAUAACCACGGCCUUCACUAUCUACUCUACUGCUGUAGCGAACGUCUUCGCAGAUCUGGCAUCAACCCUCGGUUCAAGCAUCUGCGGCGCGAUCAAAUCCGUAUCGGAGGCGCAGAUUGCUAACGGUGGCUUUUCCGAUUUCUGCUUCAGCAAGUUCUCGCCACGAGUGUUCGCCCAGGUUGCGCUCACCAUCGAUGCGUUUGAUGUGUGCUACGAGAAGGAGGUGAAUCGCCUGAUCAGCUUUGAAUCGUCCGUCCAAAAUGUUGCCGUACAGAUUUCCUACAACACUGCCGACCUUCUAGACAACCUGAGUGCCUGUCUGGCACUGCCCACCACUGACACCAAAGGUGCCUGUUUCACGAUGCUCGGUCCGUACUACACCGCUGUGGGUACGAAGGUAGACUCCCUUCUUACGUCGGUAAGCAAUCUGGUUGCAGCAGAAGCGACAGCCAGCUACAAUCGCCUCGGUGCCUGCCUCAACACCGCGAUCGCGUCGACGGCUCUGGUCAGUGCAGGUAUUAAGACGGAUACCACUGCCUGCAUGACAAGUGGCCCAGUCGCCCCAGCACCUUCUGUGUAG